ACACGCCCACCCCGGGGAGUGAGAGCGGAGCACAGCGCGAGGCGCAGCAGGGGAGCCUUCCCUCGGCGUAGUAACAGCUCUCCGGCCCCUCCGAACGGGGGCGUCCCUCGGGCCCCCCAGCAGGGAACCUCUCCCUUCCCCCUCUCAGACAUAGAGUGGGGGGGGUGCUGCCCCCCUCCCCGCCUCCUGCUCCCCUCAGCAGGGGGGUGCUGCCGCUCCCUUCCCCCAGCAGAUCUCCAGCUCCCCUCACCCACUUAACAGGGGCGCUCUUCCCCCCUCACCCCCCACGGCAGGGGGUGCGCUCCCCUUUGCCCCCUAGCAUCAGGGAGUGUCUCCCCCUGCGGGAUGUUCUCCAGAAGGAGCCAUGCUGAUGUCAAGAAAUCUACACAGAAAGCUCUGGACCCAAAGAAGGACGUCCUGACCCGCCUCAAGCACCUCAAAGCGCUGUUGGAUAUUGUGGAUGGAAGUGACCUGAAGCAAUUUUUUGAGAUCAACUAUUCUCAGAUUUACUUUAUCUUCUAUGAAAAUUUCAUAACACUGGAAAAUAGCUUGAAACAAAAAGGGAAUAAAUCACAAAGGGAGGAGCUGGACUCCAUUCUGUUUCUUUUUGAAAAAAUAUUACAGCUGCUACCUGAGAGGAUAUUUUAUCGAUGGCAUUUCCACAGUAUAGGGUCAGUUUUGAAGAAGCUUUUGCACACUGGAAACUCUGUUAAGAUAAGAUGUGAAGGAAUCCGACUAUUUCUUCUUUGGCUUCAGGCACUUCAGACAAACUCUACAGAGGAGCAAGUGUUAAUUUUUGCAUGUCUAGUGCCUGGUUUUCCAGUGAUCAUGUCAUCAAGAGGUCCCUGUACACUGGAUACACUCAUUAGCCCUACUCCUAAUUUGCCUGAUGCAAAGAUUUAUCCUGAAGAAAUAACCCCACUUCUGCCAGCUGUCUCUGGUGAAAAGGUUGCUGAGGACCAAACCUGCUAUUUUCUUCAGAUAUUGUUAAAGUAUAUGGUAAUCCAGGCUGCAAGCUUAGAGUGGAAGAAUAAGGAGAACCAAGACACUGGUUUUAAGUUUCUCUUCGCCUUGUUUAGAAAGUAUUAUCUUCCUCACUUGUUUCCAUCUUUUACAAAACUAACCAACCUCUACAAACCUGUGCUUGAUAUUCCUGACUUGAGGCCAAAACCAGCAUACAUUACUGCAACUCGGAAUAAUGAAAACAUCUAUAGCACGAAAAUCCCAUUCAUGGCUGCUCGUGUUGUUUUUAUUAAAUGGCUUGUAACCUUCUUUCUCGAAAAGAAGUUCUUAACUUCAGUGCAGAAUACUAAAAAUGGAGGAGAAAUGCUGCCUAAAAUCAUUCAGACGGUUGGUGGUGCAACUCAAGAUAAAAACCCCGAGUUGGAAACUAGUGUGCUGUCAGAGCAAGAGAAAAAUCAUUCCAAUAGCAGCACUUUGUCUGAUAGGAGACUCAGUAACUCUAGCCUUUGCAGCAUCGAAGAACAACAUCGGACAGUGUAUGAGAUGGUACAGAGAAUUCUGUUGUCCACUCGAGGUUAUGUCAAUUUUGUUAAUGAAGUAUUUCGCCAGGCUUUUUUGUUGCCUUCCUCUGAUAUAUCUGCAACACGGAAAGUGGUUAAGGUGUAUAGAAAGUGGAUAUUGCAAGACAAGCCUGUGUUCAUGGAAGAACCAGAUAAACAAGAAAAUAUUCAAGAUAAUGCGUCCAACUUGGAACAUACAGAGACAGAUUGCAAACAUCUUACUUCUGGUCAUUCUGGACAUAAAAGAUCUUCCAGUUGGGGAAGAACUUACUCCUUCUCUAAUGCUGUUAGCAGAGGAUGUAUACUAGAAGAUGAAGACAAGAAUGUUAAGGCUGGUGCUCAGGCUGCAUUACAGGUUUUUUUGACGAACUCUGCAAAUGUUUUUUUAUUGGAACCAUGUGCUGAAGUCCCUGUUCUCCUGAAGGAACAAGUUGAUGCUUGCAAAGCAGUUCUGAGUAUUUUUAGGCACAUGAUAAUGGAACUUUCAAUGAAUAAAAAGACAUGGGAACAAAUGUUACAAAUACUCCUGCGAAUAACAGAAGGUGUCAUGCAGAAGCCAAAGGAUAACCAAGUAAAGGACAUGUUUGCUCAAAGCUUGGCAGGAUUACUUUUCAGGACUCUUAUUGUGGCUUGGAUCCGAGCAAAUCUGAGUGUUUACAUUUCUCGAGAACUCUGGGAUGAGCUGCUCAGCAUACUGUCUUCCCUUACUGACUGGGAGGAGCUGAUAACUGAAUGGGCCAAAAUCAUGGAUUCUCUAACGGCAGUGUUAGCAAGAAUCGUGUAUGGAGUUGAAAUGACAAACUUACCACUGGAUAAAUUAAGUGAGCAAAAGGAAAAAAAACAAAGAGGCAAAGGUGGUAUCUCAGAUCCUCAAAAGGCAACUACAGUGGGACGAUCAUUUUCAUUAAGUUGGAGAAGUCAUCCUGAAGUUGUGGAACCAAUGAGGUUCAGGAGUGCUACUACCUCUGGAGCACCAGGAGUUGAGAAAGCAAGAAACAUAGUCCGACAAAGAGCAACAGCUAAGCGAAGCCAGUCUAUCAGCAACUGUGUUCAUCUUUAUGAGGCUUUGCCAGCCACUAAAAGUGUACCUCUUCUGCUUCACACUGUGAGCUCUCUCUUACCUGGUAUCUCUUACACUUCUUGCUCUCACAGACUUUCAGAAGUUGAAGAAGCUCAGCAAUCAGAAAAUACAACAGGAGCAGAGUCUAGUGGCCUCUUUGCAGACCAGGACCAACAACUAACUCGAAGCAGUAGCACUUCAGACGUUACAGACCAAUUUAGUUCUGAUUUUUUUCAAGAUAAAAAGACUGAGAGUUCACAGAAUUUAAAUAGUUUGGACUCCAAAUCCAUUCAAGACAAGAAGGGAUAUAUGAAGAAAGAAAAUGAAGCCCAACACGUUUUAAUAAGAAGGAGCAGCAGUCCAGCUGAAUUAGAUUUGAAAGCAGACUUGCAGCAGUCACAUGGAAAUCAUAGAGAAAAAGAAAUGAGUGAAAGUGUUAGCAAUGACACGUUCAUUGGCUACAAUAAUGAAGUAGAGAUCACCCUGGUCCCCUGGCAAACCUGUGAAGAAGAACAUGAAGUUAAUAUACCAACAGAUGUUUGUUUAGACGCAGAUGCUCGUCAUUGGCUACAGCUUAGUCCUUCAGACGCUGCAAAUUUAACAGACAGUAGCGAGUUCCUUGCUGAUGACUGCAGUAUAAUUGCUGGUGGAAACCUCAUAGGUUGGCAUCCUGAUUCAGCUGCUGUAUUAUGGAGAAGGAUCUUAGGAAUUCUUGGAGAUGUGAACAAUAUCCAGUCUCCUAAAAUUCAUGCCAAAGUUUUUGGGUAUCUCUAUGAACUAUGGUACAAACUGGCAAAGAUAAGGGACAAUCUUGCUAUAAGUUUGGACAACCAGUCUACACCCUCUCCUCCUGUUUUAAUUCCACCUCUCAGAAUAUUUGCAUCAUGGUUGUUCAAGGCAACAACCUUGCCAAAUGAAUAUAAAGAAGGCAAACUUCAAGCAUACAGGUUGAUCUGUGCUAUGAUGACUAGGCGCCAAGAUGUUUUGCCAAAUUCUGAUUUCCUAGUGCAUUUUUAUCUCGUGAUGCAUAUUGGCUUAACUAGUGAAGAUCAGGAUAUUUUAAAUACCGUCAUAAAACACUGCCCAUCUUGCUUUUUCUUCUUGGGUUUACCUGGUUUUACAAUGCUGAUAGGAGACUUCAUCACAGCUGCAGCCAGAGUCCUUAGUACAGACAUGUUGGAGGCUCCUCGCUCAGAAGCUCAUACCAUUCUUGGUUCUCUUGUUUGCUUUCCAAAUAUCUACCAAGAAAUCCCUCUAUUACAACCCAUCCCUGAAGCUGAUGAAAUCAUCACAGGAGCUGCAGAUGUUAAAUGUUACCUCAUAAAUAUUCUAUUGAAGAAUGCCACAGAUGAGCCCAGUGAAGCUGCAAGGUGUAUAGCUGUUUGCUGCCUUGGAGUUUGGAUAUGUGAAGAACUAGUACAGUGCACAAACCAUCCUCAAGUGAAGGAUGCAAUAAAUGUUAUAGGUGUAACACUGAAGUUUUCUAAUAAACUGGUAGCUCAGAUAGCCUGUGAUGUUCUUCAGCUGCUAGUUUCUUAUUGGGAAAAGCUUCAGAAGUAUGAAUCCUCUCUAUCCAGGAAAAUUACUGAAAUUCUUGUGGCCACCAUUGCAUUUCUUUUGCCAAGUGCUGAAUACUCCUCUGUAGAAACAGAUAAAAAGUUGAUAGUUUCUUUAUUACUUUGCUUGUUGGAUUGGUGCAUGACACUACCAAUGAAAACCUUACUAGAGCCAGUGUCUACUGUUCUGGAAGAUCAACAUUCCUCUGAAGCUCCCUUACUGGAUUACAUAUAUAGGGUGUUGCAUUGUUGUGUUUACGGUUCAAACACAUAUACGCAGCAAAGCCAUUACAUACUGAGCCUUGCAGAUCUCUCAUCUAAUGACUAUGAUCCAUUUUUGCCAUUGGGAAAUGUCAAGAAUUCUGAGCCAGCACACUCCCAUUCCACCCCAGAUUUGGGAAAUCUGCUCACUGUUGUUGAGGAAAGAAGAAGAAGAAGCUUGGAAUUAAUACCUCUAACUGCCCGGAUGGUUAUGACACAUCUAGUAAAUCACUUAAGUCACUAUCCCCUCAGUGGCGGACCUGCCAUUCUUCACAGCCUUAUUAGUGAGAAUCAUGACAACUUUUAUGUGGAAUCUUCUGAGCUCUCUUCAGAAGUCUUCAAAAGUCCAAACUUGCAGUUGUUUGUAUUUAAUGACAGUACUCUUAUAUCUUACCUUCAAAUUCCUGCAGAAACAACCGUGGAUACUGAGCCAGCAGGAGCCCUCUCAGAUGUAAGAGUAAUUGUCAGAGAUAUCUCAGGGAAAUAUUCUUGGGAUGGCACAAUAUUGUACGGACCUUUGGAAGGCUGUCUAGCACGUCAGACUGGAAAUAAUUCAUUUGUGGUUUUGGGCAGUCAUGAAGGGCAAUUUGAGGCCCAGACAGAGUUCUCUCAAACAGAAGGAGGAGAGGAUGCUCUUGACGAAUUGCUGGAAAAGAUUGGUAAUACUAGUCCUGAAUGCCUUUUACAUCCACAGCUAAAAUUAAAUGAGCCAUCACCACCACCAUUUGGUAUGAGCCAUGAUCAAGAGAAUGAGAUCAUAGAAGCCAUAAUAAGGCAGAGUGCCCAAGAAAAAGAGCAUGUACAUAAAUGCAGCUCCGAUUUUGAUAUGAAAGUAGCCAGUGAAGAAGAACCAAGUUCUGCUGAACCACAAGCACCAUUUUAUUUCUGUAGGCUGUUGCUAAACGACUUAGGAAUGAAUUCUUGGGAUAGAAGAAAAAGCUUUCAUCUACUUAAGAAAAAUUCUAAAUUAUUGAGAGAAUUGAAAAAUCUAGACUCCCGUCAAUGCCGUGAAACUCACAAGAUUGCAGUGUUUUACAUUGCAGAAGGACAAGAGGACAAAUGCUCAAUAUUGUCCAAUGCAAGAGGAAGCCAAGCAUAUGAAGAUUUUGUUGCAGGAUUGGGCUGGGAGGUUGAUCUUUCAACACAUUGUGGAUUUAUGGGUGGUCUGCAACGUAAUGGCAGCACAGGACAAACAGCACCGUAUCAUGCUACCUCUACUGUGGAAGUCAUUUUUCAUGUUUCCACAAGAAUGCCGUCAGAUUCAGAUGAUUCACUGACCAAAAAGCUUCGUCACUUGGGAAAUGAUGAGGUUCACAUCGUCUGGUCUGAGCACACCAGGAACUACCGCAGGGGUAUUAUACCAACAGAUUUUGGAGAUGUUUUAAUUAUUAUUUAUCCAAUGAAGAAUCACAUGUUUUUCAUAGAGAUAAUGAAGAAACCAGAGGUCCCAUUUUUUGGUCCUCUCUUUGAUGGAGCAAUAGUGACUGCAAAACUGCUGCCAACCCUUAUAUGUGCCACAUGCAUCAAUGCCAGCAGAGCUGUGAAAUCUCUCAUACCCCUCUACCAGAGCUUUUAUGAGGAAAGAGCUCUGUAUCUUGAAGCAAUAAUCCAGAAUCACAAAGAAGUAAUGACAUUUGAGGAUUUUGCAGCUCAGGUUUUUUCUCCCUCUCCUAGCUACUCUCUCAGUGGAACUGAUUAAAAUAUGUAAAGGUCUCAUUACGGUAAUUGAGAAAGGCUGUCUCGCUAUGAGUGUGAGUGCUGAUCUUACUGUAACCACUGGAAUAGAGUUAGCAGAGCAGACCUCUCCAACACUACCCCAUGCCACCAAAAACAAAGCCUCUGGGAAACUUCGUCGCUCUGCCAGUGCUCUCAGCAAAUCUUCAAAUUAAAGCACUUUGGAAGGGGAAGCCCAUUCAAGGGAAUUUGAAAAACAAAAUCAGAAUAAAAUCAUUUACUGUAUCAAUGGAACAUUGCUACAUGCUUUGGAUGAGCACAUAAGGAAGUAGCUUCCCUUAUGUUGCAAAACUUAAACUAUUGAUGGACAGCUAACACUUGAUUUACCCAUCAUGCAUUACACUUGAUUAUUGUUGUCACCGAAAUAACUGUGUCAAAACUGGAUCUUUUGCAAUGUGUGAGGCAAUGUGGGUAAUUCACUUAUUUUCCCUUAAAAUCUGUAGAUGCAAGUACAGCUAUCACAGGAAGAGGAUGCAAAGCAAGUAUUGAAACCAGUUAUUUAAUUUACAUUCAUUGUAUUGAUCAAUUUAAUCAUUCCAAUUAUAGUUUAACACUUGUGUGUAUAUUAGCAAAUUUUGUCUAAAUGCAAAACAAGUUUUCAUUUAAUUAAACAUAUGAUGGACUUUUUCUCUUAAGUGUGGGUAAAUGACUUGGGUGCUUUUCAGUAUGUCAUCAAGUGUUCCCUUCCUUUUCUGUUUUGAACUGAUACCCCAGUACAGUUUUUGUGCAUAAAAACCAUAAGUAUCAAAUAGCUGCUUUAGGUAAUUUAUUUGUACUUUAGGAAAGUGCUGCCAAUUGCAUAAAUCACCAAGUCCUCAUUAAACUCACUUAGCAAAAUCUUGCCCUUUUAUUCAGGGGUGCAUGUCCCCAUACAUUUAGUAAAAUCCUGACAUUUAGCUUGCGCUGACCCUUGCAGGAUUGGGCCCUUUGUGGGAUGCUGCAUAUUAACGUACCCAGAGAGCAGACUUAAGACCCCUGCAUUCUCUCUCUUAGUGUUUGUUAUCACAUGCCAGUGCUGCUAAACGUAAGGGUUUGCAGUUUUGGCAUUACUGGUAUCUAUUAACAAAGAUUCAUACUUAUACCAUAAAAUGUAAUACAGGUUAGAUGUUAACAUAUACAGUUUGGUUCAAACCAUUUAAUUUAUGUCUGUCCAUUUAUUUUUUUGAUAGAAAUCUUCUUUUGCAGCACUAUCUUUGGACAUAGGGUCAUUCUGUCAUAUGAAAUGCUGCAUGUGAUUAAUGCAUAGUGUAAGCUAAUCAUCUUUUUUCUGUUUGUGUGGAAAAAUAAAAUGACCAGUGAUUUCAUUUAUAAAAGCGAAUAUUGCACAUUUGCAAUAACUGCUUUUCACCCAGAUUUGUAUAACUGGGAGCCAGUACAUAUCCUGGGUAGCCACACUGACAUAGUACAUCAACACGGCAAUAAUCUGCAAAUUAAAGUAUUCCUAAUUAGUCUUAGAUAUUGUAAUAACCUUCUAAGGACACAUUACAUUGUGUUCUUUUGGUGAUCUGCAUAUUGUGCAAAUGUUUUGGCUAUAAGAAAACCUCAGUACAAUUUCAGUGAAUAGUGGGUUUGAGGCGUUAAGAGAAAUUUUUUGUACUUUUAGAAAAUUAAUAUUACCAUAAAAGCAAGGAAAAUAAGAGAGACAUACCGUAACCACUUAAACACUUAAUAGAAGGUAGGGAAUUCAGAUUUAAGGCUGAAAUUCUGUCCUCCAUUAUCACUCUGUAUUGCAAAGGUCUCUAAACAGAUGUUGAUUUUCCAUAUAAUAAUGCUGUAAUACCUAGGAACAACAGGGUAUGAAAUGGGUGGAGUUUCAAAACUGAAUUUCCUGACCCUUUUUUGGUUUGGUGGAGGGACAGGGGGUAGUUGUCAGACACCUAAUGUUACCAUAAGUUAGUAUAAAUGCCUGAUUUUUGUAUCAUACCCCUGUAACCUUCCUGAUCUUCCUCAGGUCUAGUUAACAUAGUCUCUGUUUGUUUGUGUUUUAUUAAGCUGGAUGCACAUCUGAAAAACUUAAUGUGACGUCUUACCUGAAUUGAAGGGGAGCUACUUUAAGUGAAGCUAAAUGCACCAUUGGGUAGCCAUUAUUAUUUGGGCUUUUUGUUGUUGCACUCAGUUUCUGUGUACGUUAAGUGAAUGUUUUAUUUUCACAUUGACAGUGAUCUGUGCUUAUUCUCUGUAAAUAAUUAAUGCUAUUUGAUAAAUCUUUACAGUAAUAUUAAGUUAUAGCUUGGCAUUUUGUUAUUGACUUUAUGUAUUAGUUUAUUUGGUUCUAGUGGCAACCAGUUUAUCAGGAAAAAUUAAAAUGGGAUGCACUCAUUAUCCAGAGCAGAAACUAGAAAUUGGUGCUUGUGAUGUUAGUACACAGUCUACACUAGCUAGCAUGUACAGGUAAAUGCAGCCAGCCUCCUGACAGAGGGCAUAAUUGAAUUGCUUACAUUUCAGACUGCCAUUUGACUUUGGGUUCAAACCUUGUUCUUUGCGUCUUCCUGAUUGUGUGUCUAUAAAGUAAGUUAGAAACAAAAUGUGUAUUGCAUUAUCUAAUGUGUUUUCGUUUUAAUCAUUGUUAAGUAAGGAGGCCAUGACUGUGCUUAGUUACCCAGUAAAAUGUGUGUCAAAUACACACCACAUGGAGUAGCUCAAAGAGCUUUUUUCUGAAUGAGACAAAAUCUUUCCUUCUAAAAUGACACCAAUCUCUAAUGCAGGGAAGAAUGAAGUGGAGAAUUAUUAUUUCCCUGUUAUAUAAAUAACUUUUCUUUUUUUAAAAAGGAAAAUUAGAAUCCGAGGGUUUUGGUAGUAUAAAAUAAACAAUACACUCUUUUCUUAACUCCUCAGAAAUCAACUAAAUCUCAGUUCACUGCAUAAUUCUGAUUAAAAAUAUGUUAAAUGUAUCUUUGUGAUAUAUACAGCUACUCUGGUCUUUUGUUUAGAUGCGAGGUUAAAACAAGGUACAUUGAUCCUGUGGCAAUGGAUAUUUCCAGUAUUGCAAUAGUAAAUGUAGAUUUUAAUGCACUAUAUGAAUAUGGAUACAGUAGAGUGUCAUUUGCUUACCCGCACCAUAUCUGGUGUACGUAGUAAAACAAUGGAACUGAUGCUUAUCUGGCAUCCAUGUAACUGAAGCUGAGCAGCAGAAUAGGCUGUAUAGCAGGAAGAACCCCUAAGGUGGGGGUGUAAGGUAGGAUGUGGGAGGAUAAAUUGGACACUUGCUGAAUACCAAGGAGCUAUACCUUUUUUCUGCCCCACUUACACCAUUCUUAAGUCACUGCUGAAUUUGGCCCAUUGUAGGCUUCAGACAGACAAGUACACUGCUAAUCCAUAAAAGUACAGAGGACCAGACUGUUCCAUCACAUCUGCAUGUGCAGAUCCUUGAGAAGUCACCUGUCAGGAUAAUCAGGCCCAUUUUUAAGAGUGUAUUGUACUUUACGAAUGAGCUGGUUUCUGACAGAUGGAAGUUUCUGUUUGUUUAGCUUUUGUCAGUGAAAACUAUUUGGCUACCCAGCAACAUACUUGCCUGGUUCAAGUUCCAUUUGGCAUAAUAAAACACCAACAACUAGAUUUAAUUCAAUCUAAGGACAGUUCACUCCCCGCCCCUCAUCAUAACAGUAUUUGCAUUUCCGUAGGGUUUCCUAGAAAUUUGAAAACUAAUGUUACAAAUACGCUUAUUUCAAUAUUCAAGAGAAAUCUCCAGAACAUCUUCAGUAUCCAAUGACAUGAGAGGACCGCCAAUUAAUCCUUCCAUACAGUGACAAUAAUAGUAGUGUCUAAAAAUAGUUUGUAAAACUUUGGGAUGAGGGGGGUCACCUUUUUUUUAAAAUCAUGAGACUAAAGAUAUUUUUCAGUUUGUGUUGGACCAAACUCUGCAACAGCUGUGGCUGAAAAUUCUCUCCUACUCCAAUUCUCUUGACUGUUUGCUUCAUAGUACCCUUAACUGGGGAAAUAAAAUACUCCAGAAGUGUGUGCUGUUGUGAUGCAAGACCUCAUUACCGUAGUGCAACUCCAUUUGUCAUUUGGCUAAGGUGCAGUAGUGGAUAUAUCUUUACCAUUCAGUUGUCAGUAAGAUAAUUUACAAGAACAAGACAUCCAGGAUUUUUUAUUCGCCUAGAUAUACCUUCAUAUAUGUUGGGUAGAUACCGUCCCCAAAGUGUAAGGGUAGUCAUAUACUAUAAGUGAAUUGUGCUCAUGUAAUAUUUCUUUUGUAAAUGCUUGUAUUCUAAUGAUGGAGGGAACAAUCAUGGUAUCUUUAGAAAACUCAGGAAGCUUCCCUCCUUCAAAAUGCGGCAUUCUUCAUAAUGAAGGGGCAAUUUUGCAUCCUCUGUACUAGUAAAGCAGGAAAAUUGUGAGUCUUCUAAAAAUGCCUCCAGGAACCAGUAAGAUACAACAUUUGAACAUCUCCAUUCAUUAGGAAGGGAGUCUGUUUUCCUAAUGUACAGCUGGUUAUAAUUCAGUGGGUCUCAAACUUUUUUACUGCUGACUGGUUUCACACAGCAAGCCUCUGUUACAAAC